AUGUGGGUGGAAGAGGUGGGGGAUAUUGCAGGGGUGGCUCAAGUUUAUUUUGAGAAGUUGUUUCUGGCAAGUACAUGUGGGAGAAUAGAAGAAUGUCUUGACACUGUAACUCCAAAGAUUACUCCUGAUAUGCAACAAGUGCUGAGCAGUGACUUCAGUGCGGAAGAGAUCAAAACAGCAUUAUUCCAAAUGGCUCCAACAAAAGCACCUGGACCCGACGGUAUGAACGCUCUCUUUUAUCAAAAGUACUGGCAUGUUGUGGGUGAUACAGUAGUCAAUGCAGUGUUAGAUUUUCUAAAUUUUGGUCAUAUGGUACCUGAAAUAAAUCACACUCAUAUUGUCCUAAUUCCCAAGAUUAAAGCCCCUGAAAAAAUAUCUGACUUCCGCCCUAUUAGUCUAUGUAACGUCAUCUAUAAAAUAAUCUCCAAGGUACUAGCUAAUAGAUUGAAACAAAUCCUCCCCCACAUAAUCUCCCCAACCCAAAGUGCUUUUGUUCCUGGUCGCCUUAUUACUGAUAAUUUUUUGGUGGCAUAUGAGACACUACACACGAUGAAUGGCCGUAAAAAAGGAAAGAAGGGCUCCCUUGCACUUAAAUUAGAUAUUAGUAAGGCUUAUGAUCGGGUUGAAUGGAAAUUCCUUCGAGGUAUUAUGGUUAAAAUGGGCUUUCCUGAGGCUUGGGUGGAUAGAGUGAUGUGUUGUGUUACUACACCUACUUUCUCUAUUCUGAUUAAUGGGAAGCCAUAUGGCCAUAUUACCCCAUCUAGAGGACUCCGUCAAAGAGAUCCUCUCUCACUUUAUUUGUUCCUGUUAUGUACAGAGGGCUUCACUUCACUAUUACAAAGAGUUGAAAAUGAAAGGAGAAUACAAGGAGUGUCUAUAUGUAGGCGAGCUCCAAGAAUUACUAAUUUAUUGUUUGCAGAUGAUUCAAUGAUAUUUUGUCAAGCCAACCAACGUGAGGUUCAAGAGAUUGUGGAGAUUUUGCAGGUGUAUGCUGGGGCCUCAGGACAAUGUAUUAACAUGGAGAAAUCUUCCGUGUUCUUUAGUGGCAAUACACCAAUGGAGCAAAAACAUUGGAUCAAAGAAUCAUUGGGGGUUAAAGAGGUAAUGAAGUUCGACACGUAUUUGGGCCUGCCUACGUUAAUAGGCCAGACAAAAUACCUCUCCUUUUCAAACCUCAAAGAAAGGGUAUGGAAAAAGCUUCAAGGUUGGAAGGGAAAGAUGUUAUCUAGGGCGGGAAAGGAGGUGUUGAUUAAGGCCGUUGCUCAAUCUAUUCCUACGUAUUCCAUGGGGGUGUUUCAAUUACCCAAGAAGCUGUGUGAUGAAUUGGACUCAAUGUGUGCAAAAUUCUGGUGGGGGCAGGUGGGGGAUGAGAGAAAAAUACAUUGGAAGAGUUGGAGUAAAUUAACAGAAGCCAAACGGAUGGGAGGGAUGGGUUUUCGAGACCUUAGGACUUUCAACCUUGCCAUGUUGGCAAAACAACGGUGGAGGUUAAUACAGGAGCAAGAAUCGUUAAUGGCAAGGUGUUUCAAAGCCAAAUACUUUCCACGGAGUCACUUCUUGGACGCCUCUGAGUCACCAGCCUCUUCCUAUGUGUGGAAGAGCAUUAUGGCAGCCAAACCAAUCCUGUUAAAACGGUGCUACUGGAGAGUUGGGGAUGGCUCAAAUAUCAGAGUCCUAUCAGAUAGGUGGAUCCCAAAUCACCCGACAAAUAGGGUGAUUCACCCACCAGGCGAGGAGGAGUGGGAAUGGCGUGUCUCAAAGCUUAUAGACCCGGACCUGAAAUGGUGGAGAAGAGAGCUAAUCACUGAAAAGUUUCACAAGGAGGAUGCUGAUGCUAUUCUAAGAAUACCGCUGAGUCACAGACACACUUUGGAUGCAGUAGUAUGGCAACACAACAAACAGGGAGUGUACUCGGUUAAAUCCGGUUAUCACGUGGCGAGACAAAUCCAGAAAAAUGAACAUGUAGCAGAGACUUCCACAGGACCAGUUGGUGGCAAAAUUUGGACAACACUGUGGAAAACUAAUGUGCCUAAUAAGAUCAAAUUGUUUAGCUGGAGAGCUUGCCAAGAUAUAUUGCCUACACGGGAAAAUUUGGUGCGAAGGAAAAUUAUAGAGGAAGAUGGUUGUAUGCUCUGCUCUGGGGUGCCUGAAACAGGGGUCCAUGCCAUAUGGGAAUGUGCAGUUGCAAAGGAUGUAUGGGCGGGGUGUGUGGUAAAACUACAAAAAAGUGGUCAAGGCCAGCUGGAUAUACUUGAAUUAUUCCAUGAGAUGACGAAUAGACUGUCCUCAGCAGAGUUUGAGUUAUUCCUAGUUCAAUCUUGGAUGAUUUGGAACCAGAGGAAUGAGGUGGCGCAUGGGGGGAAAGUGAAGGAUCCAAGGUGGUUAAAUAAAAGGGCUAGGGAGUUCUUGGAUGAGUUCCAUCAAUCACAAGAACAUCUUCAAGCUCCAACGGGUCCAUCUGGUGCAACUGAGAGAGCCUGGCAACCUCCUCUAUAUCCAGCUCUAAAGCUUAACUUCGACGGCGCGAUUUUUGCGGACUUGAACUGCUCAGGAGCUGGGGCGAUCAUUCGCAACGAAAAGGGAGAGGUGAUGGCUUCAAUGUCCGCAAGAGGUCCUCCCAUUAAUGACAAUGAAGAGGCUGAGAUUCUAGCAUGCAGAAAGGCUAUGGAGUUUGACAUCGAUGCGGGUUUCACAGAGUUGAUUGUGGAAGGAGACAACGCUGCGGUCAUACAAGCUAUCACGUCUUCUACGGCAGCCCAGUCACGUCUUGGCCAUAUUAUCCAACAUAUUCAAUGGCUGGCGCAUGGACUUGGAUGGUUAAGAUUCGUGUUAACAGAGAUGCAAACUCAGUGGCGCACGUUAUGGCUCGGUAUGCUAAACAUGUAG